AAGAAACAUUUAUUAUUUUAUAUUUAUAAAUCCGGUGGAAUUAGAUAUGUGGGUUAUGAUGGAAUUACCAAUGAUCAUCUUGCCAUUAUUGAAAAGGUUGGUGGUGGUGUUCUGGACGAUGUAGAUAUUAUGAAUGAAUUUUCCACAACUCCACAAUUUAGGAAUCCUUAUAGAUAUUCAUUAGAAUAA